ACCUCCCAACCCCCCCCCCCGCAACUCACAAUGUCUGCCUAUGCAAACAAAACUGUCGCCGUCAUUGGCACUGGCUACGUCGGCCUGCCCAUGUGCCUGAUGCUCGCCCGCGCUGGCUGGAAGGUGGUCGGCGUUGACAUCAACCCCGCUGUCGUCCAGGGCAUCAUGGAGGGCCGCCUGCACAUCCGCGAGCCCGUUCUCCAGGAGCUGUUUGACACGCCUGUCGUCCGAAAGAACUUUACGGCCCAGACCACCCCGCCCCAGGCUGACAUUUUCGUCGUUGCCGUCCCGACCCCGCUCACCCACGGCGCGACCACCGCCGAUCUCACCCUCGUCGCCAAGGCCACCGAGAGCAUCGUCCCCGUGCUGCGCAAGGGCAACCUCGUCGUCCUCGAGUCCACCGUCUCGCCCCGCUGCUGCCGCGACGUCAUGACCCCCAUCCUCGAAAAGUCGGGCCUCAAGGUUCACGAGGACUUUUACAUUUCGCACUGCCCCGAGCGCAUCCUCCCCGGCACUGGCAUGCUGGACGAGAUUGAGAACAACGAUCGCAUUGUCGGCGCUGCCAACAAGACCGCCCAGGACCUCUCUGUCGAGCUGUACA